AUGUCGGGCAUCACCAACCCGCAUCCGAGUCCGAAUGAAGAAUAUGCCGAAUAUCCCCUCCCAAUCAUUGAACUCUCCAAUCCUGGGGAUCGCCAGAGCCUCGAACGAGAGGCCACCGCCGAUGCGCACCAUUAUGACACGCUCGAGCCACCCGAAAGGGGAAUCCGAUCGCCCCGAGUACGCUUCCGCUCAAUGAGUUUGAGGCGAAAUGAGUCGCGCGAUGUCACAGAACCUUCUGAUCUGUCGCGCCCGUUGUUGCCGCCCGCAGACCUCAGCGAAGUGCCGCUUUCCGGAACCAUCACCCCGCCCGCUCCCACACAUUCCAGGCACGGAUCGGGCCUCGCCAACGUGCGCACGUCAGAUGAGAAUCAAUCUGAGAAACAUGAUUUUGCGACCGACAUCCAUCGCACGACUUCCGCCAAGGACCGAUUCAGAGCUGCUGGUCAGCUCCUCCGCCAGAAGACUGCGCGCUUGACUGAACGCCUCGGUCGGCCGCCGGAUGAGGGCGAGGCGCUUAACGCGUCAUACAUUCCUGACGAUUUCGACAGCGGCAUCCCGCUCGAGGAACUUCAAGCCCGCCGCGCUCGGCAUGAUGCGGAUAGAGCGCGCGCGUUGGAGAACGGCGAGGAGCUGCAUGAGCCACCCGCCAGUGCCGAGGCUCAUCGCCUCGUCCGCAGCAUGACCAUGGUCCAAGAUCAAUUGCGCAAGCGCAAACCUCAGAGCGCGUACCAGCGGUCGGGUCAGACCACUCCGGAGGGACUGAUCAAAGACUUUGCGCAGCGCCGUCGGUCCAGUGGAUUCGGCGGCGGUAGCGGCAUUCUGUCGCAGCUGCUAAAGCUCCAAGCUAGCACCACCGGAGGCUCCUCUCGCCCUGAGAGUGUGAUUACUGAUGACUCCGAUAGCGAUACUCAGGUGUCCUCGGGCAUGACCACGCCCAAGAAGGGCUCCCGCUCUCCGACCAUCACCCCGUCCAUGCCCACAUCUGGCGCCGCUACACCGCGCAAGGAGAAGCUGAAGUGGUACAAGAAACCCGCCCACCGGUCUACCUCAUCCUUAGUCAAUGCCUCGAUGAACCUCAGCACUGCCAGCUUGCCCGCUGUGGCUGAUGUCACCCCCGGCGCAAAACGCAGAAAGGCCAAGCGCAAGACUCGUCUUGAAGAUGAGAUCCGUGUUACGGUACACAUCGCGGAGAUCAUUGCGCGACAGCGCUACAUCAUGCAGCUGUGCCGUGCGCUUAUGAGAUACGGCGCACCGACUCAUCGUCUCGAAGAGUACAUGCAGAUGACCGCCCGCGUCCUGGAGGUAUCAGGCCAGUUCUUGUAUCUUCCCGGGUGUAUGAUCAUGUCUUUUGAUGACCCAACCACGCGCACAGCUGAAGUCAAACUCGUGCGUAUGGUGCAGGGUGUCGAUCUCGGACGCCUGGCUGAUACUCACAAUGUUUACAAGAAUGUUGUCCACGAUCUCAUCGGCGUCGAAGAGGCCACCCAUGAACUUGAUGAGAUCAUGCAGCGCAAGCCCCGGUUCAACAAGUGGAUCUUGGUUGUGAUGUACGGCCUGGCUAGUUCUUCUGUUGGGCCGUUCGCGUUCAGCGCACGACCCAUCGACAUGCCUCUCAUUUUCUGUCUAGGCUGCUUGGUCGGGAUGAUGCAGCACGUCCUUGCACCUAAAUCUACACUGUAUUCGAACGUCUUUGAGGUUACGGCUGCGGUCCUGACCUCGUUCCUGGCGCGUGCGUUUGGCAGUAUCAAGGUCACUCGAAACGGACAAUCCGAGGAGCUUUUCUGCUUCUCGGCUAUGGCCCAGUCCUCUAUUGCUCUGAUUUUGCCUGGUUUCAUGGUUCUGUGCAGCAGUCUGGAACUGCAAUCCCACCAGAUGAUCGCUGGAUCGAUUCGUAUGGUGUAUGCCAUUAUCUACUCUCUCUUCUUGGGUUACGGUAUUACGGUCGGAACUACGAUAUACGGUUUGAUGGAUGGAAACGCUACCUCUUCGUCAACAUGUUCGGGCCUCGACGUCUACGGGUCUACGUAUCUACGACAAUUCCCCUUCGUGGCCAUCUACGCAAUCUUCCUCGCCAUCGUCAAUCACGGCAAGUGGAAACAAAUGCCAGUCAUGGUCUUCAUCGCCGUCUCCGGAUAUAUCGCCAACUAUUUCAGCACCACCAAGCUCGGUUCCCAAUCCGAAGUUGCCAACACUGUUGGUGCUUUCACAAUUGGUGUCCUGGGCAAUCUGUACAGUCGACUCUGGCACGGCCACGCAGCCACUGCCAUUCUCCCUGGUAUCUUCGUGCUAGUGCCAUCUGGUCUUGCAUCUAGUGGAUCUUUGAUCGCCGGUAUCAGAUAUGCCGACGAGGUCCGACAGAAUCUAAAAAACAACGGCACAAGCUCAUCGGCCAGUGUUCUUUCUGAAACAUCCGUGGCCAGUCUUGGAUUCGGCAUGAUUCAAGUCGCCAUCGGUAUUACAGUCGGACUCUUCAUUGCCGCUUUGGUCGUCUAUCCAUUCGGCAAGAAGCGCACCGGCCUUUUCAGCUUCUAA